AUGAUAGAUCCUCUGGAAAACAACCUGUUUGAUCUUCCUGACUAUGAGAAUACAGAAGAUGAGACGUUUCCACCUCUUCUACCUCCUACCUCUCCAGGAAAAGAUGAUGCCGAAUGGGCUGUAGCUAAUGGAGAACCAGAUGAUAACCAGCAGUCCCAAGGGAAGGAUAAGGAUUCUUCUGUGACUAGACAGAGAGCAGUUAGAAGACCAAUACCUAAGCUAGAUGCCCAAAGGUUGAUUUCUGAAAGAGGACUUCCUGCCUUAAGACACAUGUUUGACAACACAAAAUUCAAGGGUAAGGGGCAUGAGGCAGAGGACCUGAAGACGCUUAUGCGACAUAUGGAACACUGGGCUCAUAGAUUAUUUCCAAAAUUGCAGUUUGAUGAUUUUAUCGACAGAGUCGAGUCGUUGGGAAACAAAAAGGAAGUUCAGGUACAUGCUGCUCGUCUGUUUCUCUUCAUGCAGUACUAUAAGGGACCCCCACCUUUUGCAAUUCCUUUAAAAUCAGAUGGUGGAGGGGAAAGCAAUGGGCUGGAUACAGCAACUGAAGACCUACGUGCUGGCUCUGCAGUUAUAAGAGAAGAACUGGAUUCUCCCUCUGGUACAACCCUCACAGAGGAGCAACAAGAGCGAAUCAAAAAGAACAGGCAACUGGCCUUGGAACGGAGACAGGCGAAGUUGCGGUGUAACAGCCAGUCACAACAAAGUGAGCUCUCUGCUAGUUACCCAGAAGAAGCGUUUAAUACCACGACUGCUCAGGAUCUGGAUGACCUUAUAGAGGACCCUCAGGUUACAGCAACCAAGUUUGCUGUUGCAGAUGCUGAGGACAGAGAUGCAGAAUUGGAAUCUACCAGCGAAAAGCAAUGACCUUUCCCCAUACUUCGAAUGACUUUCUUAACACAGAGAUUC